AUGCAUUGCAGAAACUGCAACAAGAAGGGGCAUACUGACCACUUCUGUAAAGCACCAGCACAACCUAUAUCUCAAGUCCCUGCUGCGGGAGUAAGCCAAUCUUGUUAUGAGUGUGACGAAAUUGGGCACUUCAAGAGAAACUGCCCAAAGACAAAGAAUGCUGGUGGUGUGGGGAGAAUUUUGGCAAUUGGCCAUGAAGAAGCGAUGACAUAUCCUAACAUGGUUACCGGUACGUUUCUUCUCAACAAUUUUUACACAUGUAUUCUUUUCGAUAGUGGUGCGGAGAAAAGCUUCUUGAGCCAUAAAUUCAAACAUCUACUAAAACAAAAUCCUCAAUCAUUAAAAGAUACAUUCACAGUGGAGAUGGCAAACGGAAAGACCGAGAGCACAAAUGACAUAUACAUAGGAUGCACACUUACUCUAAACAACCAUUCAUUUCGAAUUGACCUUAUGACAGUAUCAAUUAAAAGCUUUGACAUUAUAAUCGACAUGGAUUGGUUAAGUCUUCAUCGUGCUGAUAUCCUAUGUUUUGAAAGAGCUAUUCGGCUUAAUCUGCCAAGUAACGAAUCUCUCGUUAUCUAUGGCGACAAAUCCGGUGCAAAUCUCCAAAUCAUUUCUUACGUCAAGGGCCAUAAGUAUCUUCGCAAAGAUUAUUGUGCCUUCUUAGCCCAUGUGGUAGAUAAGACACAAGAAGUAAAAAGCAUCAAGGAUAUCCCUAAAGUCUGUGAUUUCCCUGAUGUAUUCCUUGAAGAUCUCUCAAGAGUUCCUCCUAAACACUAA